ACCGAAACUGCGCUGUCUGCGGUUACACUCUUCCUCCUGUGCGCUUCAUUGGUUGGUUUGUUAGUUCGGAAGUGAUGAACAUAGCUUGUAAUCGUCAUGACGAUAACUUACCUAUCCUUUUCGUUGAUUUCAAUCAAGACUAUACGUCCAUCCAAGUGGGGACGAAGUCCGGCUACAGUUUGCUGUCCACACUAGGGGACCAAAUAACAGAGACGUUUUCGACAAGUGGGUGGCGCUUUCAUUAAUUUCGACUCCUUUGCGAUAGCUGGCGAUCCAAUAUGUCUUGUUGGUCGUCUUUUUAAUCGAAGCUUGGUAACCUUGGUUUCCCAAAAUGACAUGCGCAAACUGCUGGUCACGCAUUCUCGAAUCAACACACUGAUUUGUCACUAUCGAUACACGCUGACGAUAUUGGCAGUCAGAAUGAAUCAUCAUAGGUUGGUGGUGUGUGUAGAGGAUGGAAUAUUCAUUCACAAUAUACGCGAUAUGCAAAUGUUACAUCGUGUGGAGGAGACUCCGCCAAAUCGCAAUGGCGUCAUUGCGUUGUCCUCGGCGGAUGACAACUGUUACCUAGCUUACCCUGGAUCCCAUCGUGUUGGGAUGGUGUACAUUUUUGAUGCAAUGAACUUCCAGAAUGUCACCUCCAUCGCUGCGCACGAUGGCCUGCUGGCGGCGCUCGCGUUCAACCCACUCGCCACGCUGCUUGCCACAGCCUCUGAAAAAGGCACCGUCAUUCGGGUCUUCUCUAUUCCUCACGGAGACAAAUUGAUGGAGUUCCGUCGGGGGCUUACCAGGUGUGUUUCUAUCUGCUGUCUGUCGUUCAGUUUGAACAAUCAGUUUCUUGUGGCUGCUAGCCACACGGAAACGCUACACGUUUUCAAGCUAGAAACUCGAUCUUCUGAUCAUUCACAACGUCGCUACUCUCGCCAGCGAACUGUCUCAUCGGGUUCCGGUACAAGUCAGGGGAGUGGCAAUGCAUGCGAGGAUACAGAAUCCAUUUCGCCAGAUGACGUCGGUCCACAAGAUCGUGGUUCGCCUUUGGUUUCAGAUGGCAGCAUUUCCACCACAGCUAGUGGCUGGGGCAGUGGGAUAGUUGGUUGGAUGGGAAGCACUUUGAAAGCCUACUCAUCCUACUUACCACAUCAAGUAUCAGAGAUUUUCGCUCAGGAUCGAGCGUUUGCUUACGCUCGACUUCCGACCUCCCCACCGAAUAGCUUGUGGACUGGUGCUGGUCGUGGUAGCCCUGUCUUGGUCAGUGGUGUCGCUGACCACCUUCCAGUAGCAGCAUCAGCCGCCACUGGCCUGCUCACCACAGGAUCUGGCGUGCAUAAGGUCGCUGCGAUCGUGUAUCACCAAAAUCAGCCUCGAUUGAUUGUUGCAGGUUUAGACGGUUUAGCACACAUCUUUGCCAUUGAUUCAGUACAUGGAGGCGAAGCCACUCUGUUGCGCACUCAAAGACUUCUUUCUCCGAACCCUUCUUCCACCACUUGCCCGAGACCGAUUGGUCUAGGAACGGGUACUCCUCCAUCAGAGGCCACUGUUUCCUCAACCAAAGAUUCCGUCGGACCACACCUGACAGGUGGACCACAGCAUCCAGGUGUCUACAUCGCAUCGCGGGCGAGCAAUGGGACAACUCCGUCUCGCGCUACCUCAUUCGCUGCAGCGGUGAUUGGCACCGGUACCUCAAAGGUUUCGGACGCCGAAGGCACUGCUGUUUCUCCGCCGGCCACUGCCUAUUCCUCUGGAGACUCCUAGUAAUACACUCUGUUUGAAAGUCUCGACACACGUUACCUGUAUGGUUCUCUGAGCGCUGUCAUUGCCACUCCGCUGCCACCGUCUUUCGAGUUAUGUCCCUACCAUUUACUGCUCUAUUCUCUGCUAUUGACGAACAUUUUCAAAUAUUGACUUCCUCAGAAUCAUCCUAUGCCUCAUAUUUUCAUUCCUAUCGCAGCAAAGCUGCUUACAUCAGUGUCAAUUUUUUCGAUUUACUUUUCUACUUUGUACUUUUAUUCCCACUUCUGAUAUCUCUCUUCACAUUCAUCUGCAGACGGUCACACAAUCUGGAAUCUUGUGCGUUUGCUUGUACGCAUUUGCGUUUUGUGCUUCGUUCCCCUUCAGGUCUCUGAGUUUUAGCUCUCUUACUCUUCUGUACAGACAUAGAAUCUGUUUCUUUUGCAAAAAAUGCACCUUUUUCUAAUGUAAUUCAAAAAAUCGCGGCAUCUCAGGCCACCUUCAAUAUAACCACUUAAAAGCAAUCGUUUAUCCACUUCUCCACUCACGUCA